CCCUAUCAAAAAAAAUUAUAAAUGUUAGUCAAAGUAAUAAUAAGUUUACUAAAAAAGAAAAUUCCUAACUGAUUAGGAAUCGAAAUAACAGGGUAGUUAGAGUGAUUGUAGGAUUAAGUAAAAUUAAUUGAAACCUAUAAAUAAAACCUUAAUUUCUUUUUAUGAAUCCUCCUAAUAAUAAUAUUUAGAAAUUUAGGGUUGUAGCAUGGAUAUUGAAGUCGAUCAUUACAGUGCUUUAGAUUUGCCCUCUGGCGAGGAAGGGGCAAAGCUUUCUGAAAUCGAUAUAUCGAAAGCGUAUCGAAAAAAAGCAUUAGAAUUGCAUCCAGACAAGAGACUCGAUGAUCCAAUUAACGCUCACUUCAAUUUUCAAAAGCUCAAGGCUUCCUAUGACAUUCUCAAGGAUCAGAAAAAGAGGAGGUUGUUUGAUGAGAUGAUCCAACAACAACAACAAAAACAACAACAAUCAAAGUGUAGAAAGAUGAUGUCAGAGCCUAUAUUUGUACCUGAUAUUAGUUUGGCUCGAUUAGAAGAGGAGGAACGAAUUGCUAUAAAACUUCUUGGUGAAAUUGCUAGGAUUCGUGAAAUAUUGAUGUCGAAGAAAGAGUCAUCAGAGAUGUUUGUUGACAAGGAAAGGGUGCUUAAGGUAUCAUGGAGUAAAAGCAGUGAAGAUUAUACUUGCCAGAGAUUGAGAGAGUUAUUUAGUAAUUUUGGUGAGGUUGAACAUGUAAUCAUGAGUUCGAGUUCUAAGAAGAAGAAGCGUUAUGCUCUGGUUGAAAUGUUAUCUAAAGACCAUGCAGCUAAAGCCGUCUCUUCUUGUGUCUUGCCUGGUCUCUUAGUUGUGCCUCUUGCUGGCUUAUAAUUAGGUUUUUUUUUUUUGAUACAUUAGGUUUCUUGUAUAUAUAUUAAUGGUUUAAAUAAAGGUUGAACAAGUUACUAAUUUUCA